AACUAAAACUAUGUUUCAACAAAGCGGGCCGAUGGGAGGUGGAAGCCAGAUGGAUGCUGGCGGAGCCAUGCAAGGUCAACAACAGGGUCAAGGUCAAGUACCUGCCACACCAGACAUGAAAGAGAUGCGAUCAGUCGUCCUCACAGGAUUCGGAAAUCUGUCCAAGGUGAAAGUGUACAAAUCCCCGCAGCCCAUGGUGGGUCCCGGCGAAGUUCUCAUCCGUGUUCAGGCGUGCGGCAUGAACUUCAAUGACCUUUUGGUGCGACAGGGGGCCACUGAUAACCUUCCAAACACGCCACUCAUUUUGGGAUACGAAUGCGCGGGAUACGUUGAAGAACUGGGCGAGGGCGCAGAGGGAUUUCCCAAGGGUGCCCCCGUCAUAGCCCUGACUCGGUUUGGCUCCAUGGCUGAGUACGUAGUGGCCCCUGUGAACCGCUGUUACCGCAUGCCACAAGGAAUGAGCUUCGAGGACGGGGCCGCCCUUCUUCUCAACUACGUCACAGCCUAUCUGAUACUAUUUCAUGUGGUGUCAAUUAAAAAGGACAAAAUAGCUCUGAUCCAUUCGGCCGGAGGUGGGGUCGGCUGUGCGUGUGCCCAGUUGUGUAACCUGCUGGAAAAUGUGACCCUAAUCGGAACUGCUUCCAAGGAAAAACACACGCAAUUGAGGAAAAUGGGGCUAUAUACUUACCUGUUUGACAGGUACCAAGAAGAUUACGUGGAAGAAGUGAAGCGUCUCUCUCCUUACGGAGUAGACAUAGUUCUCGACUCUCUCUCGGGCGAAGAUGUCGCCAAGGGCAUCAAUCUCGUCAAGCCCAUGGGCCACUACGUGCUCUACGGAUCCGCGAGUUCCCUAGUCAAUGACCUACCGUCGCAACCCGCCGGAGGAGCAGCCGGGGGUGCGGCGGGAGCGGCGGCUAGUGUGACGUCACAAGCCAAGAGUAGCAUCCUAGGUUUGUCCUCCCCUUUGGCCAAUUUCGGUUACACGAAGCAGAUCACUUCGACUCCAUUGUCCAAGUGGCUUCCGACUCAAAAAGUGAACCAGUGGUGGCAGGUGGAGAAGGUCAACCCCAUCAAGCUGUUCGACGACAACCGAUCAGUGGGGGGCUUCAACCUCAUCAACCUCCUGUUCGACCAGGGACAACACGCACUGGUGCAGGAUGUGGUCAAGGACCUCUUCAAACUCUACAAAGAGGGCAAAAUCAAACCAGUCAUUGACUCUACUUGGGCGAUGGAGGAGGUGACUGAUUCGAUGACUAGAAUGCAGGACCACAAAAACGUCGGCAAAGUGCUCCUCGUAGUCGGUCAGAUGCCUAGAAACGUCGCCGAACAGAAUGGACCUGAUUUGCGAUAGAUAGCGACUCCCACAGAAGAAAGAAUAGUCUAGCUUUUUCUAGAACUAUCUAGAAAAGUCACAACAACAGUUGAGUGGAGAAAUUUACACGGGUGUUGAGCAAGGUACGCUUAGUCGGAAGUGUUGGAUGUUAUUAUAUACAGUUUGCAUCUUUCAUAUAAAGUUGAACUACUAUGGAUUUGAAAUGAUAAAUGUAUAUUGUCACCUGCAGUUUUGAACAUUUUGAAUCAAGAAAAAACUUUUCCAAUCGAGCAAACAAAUCAGCUUCACUGUGUAUUUUAAGUGUCCAUAAUUUAUUGCACGCAAUUUUCAUUUGAUAAUUUUAGAUAACAUUAUUUUCAUUAAAUUUUGUAACCCAACUGCGCAUUACUUUAAAUUUGUUUGAAAUUGUCUAUUUUCAAUGCUUAAACUCGGAAUGUAAAUUUUCAUUACAUAAAGCAAGCCUUGUCGAUUUGAUGUAUAUUUCAGUAUUUUAAAAAUGAAUUCUGCAUGAUAAAUGUAAAGUGUCUUAUAUAUGCAAUUUUAAAUAUUUAUUUAAAA